CGAAUAUGGAAACUCGGCUACUUUUCCAACGUGCUCACUCCUGGCCGAUGGAUUCACCGUGUAGAUGAAGUUAUCAUACCUGCGGGAUGUACAAACGCAUCAACUGGUGGCAUGAUCACAGCCCCUCCAUGGGGACCGAUGCAAGGCGGUAUGGCCGUUAACGUGUCAGGACCGUGUUUAAGGCCAACCGAUAAUAUUAAGGUCAAUUUCGAAAAUUGGCAAGUGGAUUGCAAGCGUCUGAAUCGAGUCAGAGCGCGAUGUAUUAUGCCGAUGUUUCAUAAAACUGGCAUUGUUGCUGUUCGAAUGAGUCGCGAUGGGGGUCAAAGUUUCCCGUUUUUCGGCAAAUUCUACGUU